AUUUUGCAAAUAAUAAUUGGACAAAAAUUCACUCUUUCUCGGCCGCACCACCCCUUUCCCGCCUUCCUCCUCCUCCCGCCGCCACUUCUGCCGUUCACCUCCGCUUCCCCCCGCCUUCUGCUACCUCACGAAUGGAAGCUCAAAAAUUGUCUUUUGGACUUUCCUCCACUUUAUCCACUUCACCAAUUCAAAACAGAAAAAAUCCAAUCUUUAAGAUACCAUCUUUUUCUUAUACUUCACCAAAUAAUCUUACCCUUAAAGGGUUUUUCUUAAAACCCCAUUUUUCUUUUUCUCCUAAAGUUUUGCCUUUGCCCACCAAGAAAAUUUUCCAGUGUACAAAUUGUUUGCAAGGAAUAGAAAAAGAAUUUGUUACAAUUCCUAAUAAUUGUGUGAGCAAAGAACUUAAAAAGAAGAAGCUGGCAGUUUUUGUAUCAGGUGGAGGUUCAAAUUUCAGGUCAAUUUAUGAAGCAACUAUUGAGGGUACAGUUCAUGGAGAAGUAGCUGUUCUUGUUACCAAUAAACUUGAUUGUGGAGGUGCAAAGUAUGCAAGGGAGCAAGGCAUCCCUGUUAUUUUGUUUCCUAAAGCAAAGGAUACAUCUGAGGGUUUGUCGGAGGAGGAUCUCGUGGGUGCUCUAAGAACCUACAAUAUCGACUUCAUUCUUUUAGCCGGGUACUUAAAGCUUAUCCCUACUGAGUUGGUCCAAGCAUUUCCAAGAUCAAUAUUUAAUAUUCAUCCGUCACUUCUUCCAGCUUUUGGAGGCAAAGGCUACUAUGGCAUGAAGGUGCAUAAAGCAGUCAUUGCUUCUGGAGCUAGGUAUUCUGGUCCAACAAUCCAUUAUGUUGAUGAGCAUUAUGACACCGGGCGUAUUCUUGCUCAACGGGUGGUGCCUGUGCUUGCUAACGACACAGCAGAUACACUUGCAGCAAGGGUUCUUCAGGAGGAGCAUAAACUAUACGUGGAAGUAGCGGCAGCAUUAUGUGAAGAGAGAAUAGUGUGGCGCCAAGAUGGCGUCCCUCUUAUCCAGAGCAAAGAAGAUCCCAAUCACUACAAGUAGCAAAAUGGCAAAUCAACAAAGCCUAAAAGUCAGUAAUUCUGCAUGUGGAGUUGCAGAAAUUUUGCCUUGAUGCUAACAUAAUUUUGGUAUGGAUGCCUAAUGGAAGGUCUACCAAUUUCCUUAAUUGCUCAACUGACCAGUUUACCUUAGAAAUUUUACUUGUUUAUGAUACAGAUGAAUAUUUUACUCCUAUAACUUUUGUAUCAGUAUUUUUGUUAAUCUUUUUUAUGUUUUCACUUAUUUAAGAAAUAGCUUGCUGUUGCUCCA